GUGAUUGACAGCCAUGUCCUCCAAUACGCGGCGCCAUCAGUCCUGCCCAACCUGGCUGCGGGGCUAGAAAAGAGCGCCGGUGCCGGUGAUUCGAGAUGAGUGCUCGCCUCCCAGCAGCGGAGCGGCGGCUGCUGGCGGUGUCCGGGCAGAUAUACUGCAGUUCUUGAGCACUACCCCAUUGAGCACACUUGGGAAGUUCAGCCACCACCAGCAUGUCCAAGCACAAACUUAUUAUACUGAGACAUGGAGAGGGCGACUGGAAUAAGCAGAACCGAUUUUGUAGCUGGGUGGACCAGAAACUUAACAGUGAUGGACUGCAGGAAGCUCGGAACUGUGGGAAGCAACUCAAAGCCCUCAACUUUGAGUUUGAUCUAGUCUUCACAUCCAUUCUCAACCGGUCCAUUCACACAGCCUGGCUGAUCCUGGAAGAGCUGGGGCAGGAAUGGGUUCCCGUGGAGAGCUCCUGGCGUCUCAAUGAGCGUCACUAUGGAGCCUUGAUUGGCCUUAACAGGGAGAAAAUGGCUCUGAAUCAUGGUGAAGAGCAGGUGAGGCUCUGGAGGAGAAGCUACAACGUGACCCCGCCUCCUAUUGAGGAGUCCCAUCCCUACUUCCAUGAGAUCUACGAUGACCGGAGGUAUAAAGUGUGUGACGUAUCACUGGAUCAGCUGCCACGUUCCGAAAGCUUGAAAGAUGUUCUGGAAAGACUUCUUCCCUACUGGAAGGAAAGGAUUGCCCCUGAAAUACUGAAGGGCAAAACCAUUCUGAUAUCUGCUCACGGGAAUAGCAGUAGAGCCCUCCUGAAACACCUAGAAGGUAUCUCAGACGACGAUAUUAUCAACAUCACUCUUCCUACCGGAGUGCCAAUUCUGCUGGAGUUGGACGAGAACCUGCGUGCUGUUGGAUCUCACCAGUUCCUGGGUGACCAGGAGGCCAUCCAGGCAGCCAUUAAGAAAGUGGAUGACCAAGGAAAAGUGAAACAAGGCAAAAAAUAAAACCCAGUGUGGCCAGGAAUCAUGGCAGGAGUGGCAUUCAGUGUGUUACUUAGUGUGUUUCUCCUUUCCCCGUUGUCCCCAUUUUCCUCAAGACUAGGCUGUGUGGUAGAGUUUGUGUAGAUAACUAGGUAAUUUAUCAUGGCCCAGAUGUGACCUUAAGAUGCUGAAGAACUUUUGGCUUAAGCCUGUGUUAACUUUUCUGCUACUCCUGUUUGAAGUAAGUUCACAGUCGGGUUUGAUCAAGACUGUUUUAUGAGUUUUGGAGACAGGAGAGUAACAAGUGGAGAUAAAAUGGAUUAUCACUUAACAAGUCAUUGCUGAGUUACCACUGACAGGCACUGUCCCAGUGAGCAGCUCACCUUUUUAUUUAGUAAUUCUGAGAUGAGUGAAGACUACUAGGUAGUACUGUGGUAGCUUAGACCAGAGGCCCAUCAAAUGGGAUCGUCACAGACCGGGUCCUAGGGAAGAUAACCAAUUUUCACAAUAGCGCAAGGUGCUUUAAUUUCCCCCUCGUCCAGCGCUGCCCUGUUUGCCAUCAGUGGAGGUGGUCUUCAGCCACUGGAACGACCAGCAUAUGCACAGCUGGGGCUGUUUAUAUUCUUUGUUUCAUUUUUAGUUUUUGAACUUCAAUCUUUGGGUUAACAGUUAGUUUAAAAUAAAGUUUUGUGACUGCAAACAAUGUGCAAAGUGUCUCAAUAUGUGAUAAAAUUUAGGACGUCCUCUGAACCUGCCCUUGGCACUGUCUCCUUUAACAACACUCCCAAGGGCUGCAUUAUUUCAACACAGGCCACUCCUGAGCUGAAGGCCGGAUGGGGAUGGAAGUUAAGGUGCAUGUGAUUUUAGUCACCUCAUCAGGGUGAUGGGUAUAUGGGAGUGUCUCACGUAUAUUUGCUGUUCCUCAACUAAGUACAACAGAUAGGGGGUGUCCUAGCCUAGGUGGCUGUGAACAGGAGUGAUCACUGGUCAUCCCCAGUGUGCCUCUUGUCCACGGUGUGUUUAUGUGCCAUGUGUGAGGCACCAUUUCCCUAAGCUGUUGCCUCACUGGAUACAGGGCGUGGGCAUUUCAGUCAUGGUCAUGUACACAUUUUGCAGUCAUGGUAGUUAUCAUAGAUUAAAUUGCUUGUAUCCAUUUUAUAUUAAAAUUUGUCUUUGACAGAAA